AAAGGCUGCAAAAUAAAAGCAACCCACUCUCUUUCUUUCUCAACGCGACAGCAGCAAUUAAGCGAUCGCCUAACGCCGUCUACCGCCGCACCAUUCUCUGUUAUAAUGUCGGCGAUUCCGACGCUACUCCUCCUCCUCCUCCUCGUUACGGCCUUUCCCUUCUCCUCGGCGGCGCCGCACACCAAUAUCUCAUCGCCUCCCUACGGCAUCGGCAUAAAUUACGGCCAAGUCGCCGAUAAUCUACCGUCGCCGUCUGACGUCCUCCCACUCCUCGGUUCUCUCGGCGUGAACCGCGUCAAGAUCUACGAUGCCAACCCUGCCGUCCUCCGCGCCUUCGCCGGCACCGGCGUCGAGCUCAUCGUCGGUCUCCCGGACCGUUGCCUCCCCCGCCUCGCCGCCCCCUCCGCCGCCCUCUCCUGGGUAAAGUCCACCCUCCAACCCUACCUCCCCGCUACUAGAAUCGCCGCCGUCACCGUCGGCAACGAGGUGCUCUCCGGCAACGAUUCCUCCCUCAUCCGUUCCCUCCUCCCCGCGAUGCAAUCCCUCCACUCCGCCCUAGCCGCGCUCGGCCUGGACCACCAGAUCGCCGUCACCACCGCCCACUCCCUCGCCGUCCUAGCCGUCUCCUACCCUCCCUCCGCCGCCGCGUUCCGCCGCGAGCUCCUCCCAUUCGUGUCGCCCCUCCUGGCCUUCUUCGCCCGGACCGGGUCGCCCUUCCUCAUCAAUGCCUAUCCCUACUUCGCCUACAAGGCCGAUCCCAAAAGGAUCGACCUAAACUACGCCCUAUUCGAGCCCAACGCCGGCGUGGUGGACCCCGGCUCUGGGCUCCGGUACCAGAACAUGCUCCACGCGCAGGUGGACGCGGUGCGUGCGGCGAUUGCGGCGGCCGGGGUGAGCAAGGGAGUCGAGGUGGUGGUGUCCGAGACCGGGUGGCCGAGCGCCGGGGACUCGAACGAGGCCGGGGCGACGACAGAGAACGCGAGGCGGUACAACGGGAACCUGAUGCGGAUGGUGGCGGCGGGGAAGGGCACCCCGUCGUGCCCCGCGGCGCCGCUCCAGGUCUAUGUCUUCGCUCUCUUCAACGAGAACCUCAAGCCCGGCCCUUCCACCGAGAGGCACUACGGCCUCUUCAAGCCCGACGGCACGCCUGCCUACGAUCUCUCUUCUCCGGCGAACUCAUCCGCCUCCUCCGCCGAUGGAACGGCGAAAUCGGCUCCGGCGCCGGCCCUAGAUGCCUCCACUAGCUUCUACACCAUCUCUGCAGCAACGGGGAUGAGGCAACUAAUUAAUAUGCAAAUGUUGGCUUCGUUGGUGCUCGCCAAAGUUAUUUUGCUAAUUUUCUAAAUUUUAACAUUUUUGAUUUAUUAAUGGAUAAAAAAUUAAUUGAGUGCCCAAAUAUUUUUUUUUUUUUUCUUUUUGCUAUGGGUAGCAAGUUGGUACGUAGACAGAGUUCACUAUGCAUAAUUUGAUUAUUGAAAUUCAUAAA